AUGAGUGAAACGCUCCCAAGCCAACGGUCGACGGAGGAUUCCGAUCUUCUGGAGAGAAGCACCAAGAAACCGAAACGCGCCGACGAAGGGAUGGCACACCUGGGGAUGGGUGUGCUGGGAGAUCAUACACUGCACGAAGACGUGGAAAUGGUGAACGAGACACACCUAGGAGAAAUGGCGAACGAUCGUGAGGGCUCGCCUGUGCAUGAAUCGGAAGAGACGGCUUCAGAAGCACCAGCCUGCCUGCAUGCAUCGACGGAGGUGAUCCAUUCACAUCGUAGAUCCUACGCAGAUAGUGUGACAGGCCAGAACUCCGAGGGAGGAGGCACAUUGGAGGGAGGAUCGGCAGAGGAGGCUGAUGAGAUCUCGGAUGAUGAAGAUGAUGAUCCUUUAUGCCCUACGAUCAGGUUGACGAAAGCGGAGGUGGCAACAAUCCGGGCACCAUGGCGGAAGGCUCUCAUUAUCAAGGUAAUGGGUAGGAAAUUGAGAUAUGCAUAUCUGUUGAGGAGGCUAUCCUCCAUGUGGAAACCGAAAGUGGAGGAUCUUGAAUUUGCUAUGUUUGAGGGGCUUUGGAUGGUUUUGGAUCACUACUUGAUAGUGAAGCCUUGGGUCCCUGAUUUCGAUCCUUACUCAGAUACCACAGAAAAAGUGUUGGUGUGGGCAAGGAUCCCAUGCUUUCCAGUGGAGUAUUACAUCUAUAUUUUCCUUAGGAAACUAGGGAACAAGGUGGGCAGAACGAUCCGAGUAGAUCAGGCAACAAGUCUGGUUUCGAGAGGGAUGUUUGCGCGUAUAUGUGUGGAAGUGGAUAUUACUAAGCCGCUCAUUUCAAAAUUCAAAUAUGAAGACAAGGUGAGGUCAGUCGCCUACGAAGGCAUUCACAUGAUCUAUUUUUCUUGUGGCAUCUACGGCCAUGCAGCUGAUAGCUGCCCAUCGAAGGCUAGAGAAAAGGCGACAGAGGAGAGCUUACCAGAGGGGAACGCACAAGGGCAGACCACCGGGGUGGAACAUGCUGGCAAUGGGAACCAGGGCAUCAAUAUUGGUUCUGAACCUUUUGGCAUUUGGAUGAUAGCUCCGAGACGUAAGCAGAGGGCUAGACCCAAGCAACAAGCAAGCAACAUGGGAGCAGCAGGAGAACGAAGAGUGAGAGGCAGUGUGCGGAGAACGAAUGGAAUCCAGGCGUCACGUUUUGCCCCUCUAAAUAAUCGAGAGGAGGAUGGCGGAGAUCAGGAAGAGGGUGAGCCAAAUAAAGAGCCUGAACUAGGAGGAGUUGCGGAGCAGAGUGUGUCACAGCAGGAGGGAGAAAGGGGCACAGAUGCCCAGUGA